CGAAUCCAUUGGGACACCUUUGACACAUUUGCACUUGUCUCCUCCAAUUGCGUCUGUGAAUGCAUACAGCUCUCAGGCGCGUGCAUACAAGCAAUGUGAUGCGAUUGAGCCGAACAUCUUCUGCUCCACAGCUCAUUCCUCAAUGUAGACAAUAUCAAAGUCACGCGCUCUCGACUUCUCCUUCUCCAUCUCAGCAGCGGUCAAUUCCACACAAUGCCUUACUUGUACCCGUCAAACAUUUUCAUCUAGCCUCAUGGAAGAAUUUCUUUCGGCCGAAAGCUCAUGAGUCGUCUGGAAUGUCUGACACUCAGGAGGAAAUAGCUAAAGCUGCUAUCCUUGAGAAAGUCAUGAAAGGCAGGCAACUUACAGACCUCAUGCUACGCUGCACUAUUCUGGAUCAUGCGGGCAAUAUCAAGAGCAUAUCUGGCCAAUUUAAACGGUCUGACUUGUGCAACGAGCAUCGCUUAAACCCUCGUGACUUACGGAAGAUUGAUUCACGAAUACCCAACCUUGUUCCUACAAUUCUUAUUCGCAAAGGAGCUGUUCUAAUUAACAUACUUCACAUACGGGCGCUAGUCAAGGCCGAUACUGUGGUUUUAUUUGACUCUUAUGGGUCCAACGAUUCCCGUCUUCACUCUGUGUUCCUCAUAACCUUAAGGCCCGGGGGUAGCGGCGCACCGUACGAAUUCAGAGCAAUCGAGUCCAUCCUUCUUUCCGUUCUUAGUGCGCUAGAAGCUGAGAUGGUAUUCAUCCGUAACCUCGUAGGUGGUCUCUUGGCGGAGCUCGAGGACGAUAUCAAUCAUGACAAAUUCAAACGCUUGCUACACUACUCAAGACGUCUGGUAGCAUUCAAAAAUCGCGCCAAGCUCGUCCAAGAGGCUCUGGAAGAAGUACUCGAACAAGAUGAUGAUUUGGACGCUAUGUAUCUUACUGACAAGAAAAAUGGUGUUCUGCGUAACAUGCAUGAACACGAGGAACUUGAAGUCCUUCUUGAGUUUUUCUCAAAACAAGUAGAAGAAAUUGCCAAUGAAGCUGAAAACAUCGAGGCCAAUGUUCAAUCUACUCAAGAGAUUGUCGAACUCAUCUUAGACUCUAACCGCAACGCACUACUCGCAUUGGACCUUAAAGUAUCUAUCGGAACUAUGGGAAUUGGCACGGGAGCCCUGAUCGCAGGUUUAUUCGGCAUGAACUUGAAAAGCCACAUGGAGGAGAUGCCCUAUGCCUUCAUGGCGAUGUCCACCCUCUCAUCAGCUGUUGCACUCUUCGUAGCAUGGGCUGGCCUAAGAAGACUCGCUCAGAUACGAAAAGUCGGACUCUCUAAUCCCAAACGAGGACAAGAUUUGGAAGUGCGUCCACGAAUACCACUACCCUUGCGCCGGCGAAGUUCAAAUGGAUGGUCAUGAUGAUCAACGAAACCUAUGGAAUGCUAUCGCUGCCUUGCGCCCAACUUGACUAUAGACGCAUCAACCUUAGCUAUGGUACCCGCAUUUGAAGGAUCAGGCCGUAUAUCAAUCAAUCUACAUCACGUCGCCCAUCUCCGUAACUGCAUGUUCGCGCCACGGACGACAUCAUAUGGUCAUGUCUUGUGAUUAGAUUAUAGAAUGAAGGAAGUUUCAGGGUACCGAUCUUCUCGCCAAGUGAGUCCGAUGCCUCGAUGCAAGUCAUUCCGGUGAUCCUACAAGUUCUGUUGCCUGAUUCCGCAAAUCUUAUCGGCAAGUCCCAGCCAAGUUCAUAUGAAACCCUGCUGAUAGCAACAACCUGCUCUGCACGCGUCGAGGAUAGCGAUAUGCCCUCACCCCUUCCUCCCCG